AACUCGUUGACGUUUACGUGCGAUUCGAUUCUCCAAAGUAUUUAUUAAAUUUUUCCAUUUGUCAUCACUAACUCGUAAUGUCUGCCCUGUUUAAUUUCCAGAGUUUGCUAACGGUAUUCCUGUUACUGAUAUGUACUUGCGCUUAUGUCAAAGCUCUGGCACCUAGUUUCAUGGACAAUCGAGUGAAAAGAGUUGGUCUCCAGGGUACAUUUUGGAAGUGUGCCAGAAUUGGUGAAAGGAAAAGUCCAUAUGUGGCAGCUAGUUGUGUUUUAAUGGCCUUUAAUAUUCUAUUUUGGGGAUAAAAUGCAUGUGCAAACUGUGAAGGAGUAAGGAUCAUAGCGAUCAUUAUAUAUAAUCCUAUUGCAUGGUGGUUGUAAGGAUCAUGGAUUUUAAUAAGGACAAAACAUAACGGGAUUCAUUUAUGAUAGAUGGUUGUACAGAUCCUUGUUCAAUGGUUGAAGGAAGCAAACUGCAUUUAUGAUAAACAGUUGUAUAGAUUCUUAUUCGAUAAUUGAAGAAAGCAAACUUAAUAUAUAAAAACAAAGAAACAGUAAACAGAAAUUAACAUUCGUGCUGCUUGCAUGGUAUGUUUUAUUUGUCAACAUGUCCUUUCCUCGAAAGCUAUAUAAUUAUCCGAUUUGAGCACAUUUUCUCUUCGUAUUUCCAUAAUAUAUUUUUCUUCUAUAAACAACAACAUUCUUUUAAUAUAGUUAUUGUAGAGUCGUUAUAUUGAGCAGUGUUUUAUGAUAUACAAUAUCUGUUAAAUAGAUAUAUUUAACAUGCGCGUUUUUAUCGUUUGCUUCUCGGAUAUGCUACUACUCCGAAGACAGUAAACCACGCACUGCCACUAAAACCUGUACUUCUCUGUAAUAGAAGACAUUCAUGACAAAAAUGUAUAAUAUCAGUAGAAAGCUUCGACUUCCUCCGUUUAAAAAUUUAACUUAGCGAGGAUCGCCAAGCUUUUCUACUAGCACCAUUUUGCACACUGAUCCUAAUUACAGAGCGAGAUAUGGUUGCGGUUUUGCGAGGAACAUUAAACAAAAUUCGAUAGAAACCGCAAUUUAUUAGGAACGCUAAUUGUAAACUGAAACUAUCGUCGGGUGUUGUUUGUUUUGCAAACGAUUGUUAUACUAAAAUAUCAAUGUACGCUGUUCGUUUAUGUACAAAUAAAUAGACGAAUUAAA